UUUGGCGUGGUUUAUUGCGGAUUCAUGGGAAAGCUGCAAGUGGAAAUCUUUCCGGUAAACAUACUUUCUCUUCUAGGUAUAACCUCUGCUGAUCAACUAAAUUGGGGUUCCCUCGAGAAAGGUGAUAUAGAAGCUACAUAUCCCACUGUACUGCGACUCUCCCUCCCUUUUCUUUACCAACCAUAAUACAAAGUACCCUAAGAAGGUUAUUUGAGUCGGGCACUCAAGUUGUUGAGCAGUCAUUUGUCUUCCUUUUCGCAUUUACUGUUAUAAUUAAUUAUUGAUACCUUCGGAUAUCAACAUCAAAUAGCACUCGACACAGUUACCUCUCGUGUUUCGAUAUAAUGGAGGAACCAAAUUACAAUUCCGAAAAGGGUAAUCCCCCUCUCACUACCACUGAUACUGGUAGCCGAGAGGCAUACAUGGCAGAAACAAAGGCACCUUGGUCAACAAGAUUAGUCGACAGCUUCAAGAGAGAUCCUAAUGCUGCUGUAACAAAGCCAAGUCAAAGAGGUCUCGAUGGACUCGAAUCACAUGUCUCGGGAUUUGAUCACAGAGCUGCUGCUGAAGCUACUGCCAAUUCUGGUUUGGCUAGAGAAUUGAAACCUCGUCAUUUGCAGAUGAUUGCAAUUGGUGGUUCCAUUGGUACUGGUCUUUUCGUCACAUCUGGAGCUGCUUUGUCAAGUGGUGGUCCAGCUUCCCUCAUCAUCGCAUAUGGUAUCAUCGGUAUAAUGUUGUUCUGCACUGUUCACGCAUUGGGAGAAAUGGCUGUCGUUUUCCCUGUCUCUGGUUCCUUCUCUGCUUACUCUACUCGAUUCAUCGACCCUGCUUGGGGAUUCGCAAUGGGAUGGAAUUAUGCUAUUCAAUGGCUUGUCGUCUUACCUCUGGAAAUCGUCGCUGCUUCUAUUACUUUAGAAUAUUGGCCUGGUGCAGCUAACACUAAUGCGGCUGCUUGGGUUACGAUUUUCUUCGUGGUUAUCGUUGCGAUCAACUUCUUUGGUGUCAAAGGUUAUGGAGAGGCCGAGUUCGUCUUCUCAAUCAUCAAGGUCGCUGCAGUUAUUGGAUUUAUCAUUCUUGGUAUUGUUCUCAACACUGGAGGACAAGUCGGAGGCGGAGAAUAUAUCGGAGAUCGUUAUUGGUAUCCCAAUACCGUCCCAUCCACGUAUGCUGGCUAUGACAGUCCGUCAAACCAGGACGCUGAUGGACAUCCUGUUCAGAUUGUAUCUGGUGCCUUUAACAAUGGUUUCAAGGGUCUUUGCUCUGUAUUUGUCACAGCUGCAUUUUCUUUCGCUGGUACUGAGCUUGUCGGUUUGGCCGCAGCUGAAACCGCCAACCCACGUAAAACUCUCCCAACUGCUAUUAAGCAAGUUUUCUGGCGUAUUUGUCUCUUCUACAUGGUUGCCUUGACCUUAGUCAGUGUUCUUGUACCAUACGGAGAUGGAAGACUCUUGGGAACAAGUUCCACUGAUGUUAAGGCCUCCCCAUUCGUUAUCGCUAUCAACAAUGCUAGAAUUGACGUUCUUCCUUCAAUCAUGAACGUUGUCAUUCUCAUCUCUGUUCUUUCAGUCGGAAACUCCUCCAUCUACGGUUCCUCGCGUACUCUUGCCGCUCUUGCAGAACAAGGUCAAGCCCCAAAGUUUCUUGCCUACAUUGAUCGCAAGGGACGUCCUCUCUUUUCGAUCAUUUUCGCUUCAGUUUUCGGUCUUCUCUGCUACGUCGUAGCUGGUGGACCAAGUACUGCUGCCACAGCUCUUAACUGGCUUUACUCUCUUUCCGGUCUUUCCUCCCUCUUCACAUGGGGAUCCAUCUGUCUCGCACACAUCCGAUUCCGCGCUGCAUGGAAAGCACAAGGUCAUACCCUUGAUGAAUUAGCCUUCACAUCUCAAGUCGGAAUUAUUGGUUCAUGGAUCGGAUUCAUUCUUAAUUGCCUCGUACUCGUUGCACAAUUCUGGACAGCUAUUUGGCCAAUUGGAUAUGCAUCGAUGUCUCCAACUGAUAUUGCGAAAAGUUUCUUCCUCGCGUAUUUGGCGGCUCCAGUUGUCUUGGCGUUUUACAUUCCUUAUAAGAUCUGGUAUAAAACUCCAUUCAUGAAGGUAAUGGAUAUGGAUUUGGACACAGGAAAGAGAGAUCUUGAUACUCCUGCAUUGAUCGAACAAGAUCGUCUUGAGAAGGCUUCGUGGCCUGCGUGGAAGAGAGCUUACAAGACCAUGUGUUAAAUACCAUAAGGUCAUGGGCUAGGGAACAAUGGCGUUUAGGAUUGGGUAAUCAUAUGAUUAUGUAUCAUGUUUUAUUACCAUGUUAAUGAUUGUCUUAUUUUUGGUGUCUUGAUGCUUGAUAGACAUAUGAGGAUGGGAAAAACGGGUUGG